GCAAGCCCAAGUUGGGACAAGCAAUUAUGUUCGUUCUUAUCAAUGUAACAGUGGUUCUAACUGAGGUCAGGCCUAUCCAAUACUGUUGACAAGCUGCAUGACUAUGAUUAAUGACACCCACUAAAAUGUAUCAUUGCAAAACUGUAAUGUCACUAAAAGUGGAGAUAAUUUUGAACUAAAUAGAACGUUCCUGGCUUAUAGUCCAAUAUUUAUUGAAAAUGACAUCAGACGACCGUUUUUCGAUGACAACAGAAAAAUACCUAUCAAAGCAUCAUGUUCUUGUGUAUAUGGAGGAUGCUGUAGCUCAACUGUUAGAACACAGGGAGGAAAACUCCAAAAUCAACCCAAUCAAGUUUUUAUGUGAAUAUUUUAACAGUGUUCGAGAUGGGAAUCAUACCAUGUUUCGAGAGUACAGCUAUAUCCACGCUACACAACACAACAGGGCAUCUUUUGUCCGACUGUUCUGGAAGUGUUAUAGGCAAAUAGGCAAGAAGGGAGAUUUGCUGAGCAUCCAGGAAUAUCACUCCCUCUUGUCUCUCCUGUGCUCUGACUUUCCAUUUGAACCAGUUCAGAAAACUGCAAAGAUAAUACUUCUAGAUGAUGCCCUGGACUGCUUGAUCUCUUUUUCUGACUUUAUUUAUGCAUUCCAAGUACAAUUUUAUUUUGAAGAGUUCAUAGAAAAGAGCCAUGAGAUGUACCUAUCCUUACUACAGACCCAGCGGAGCCCCCGGGACCCCGUGGUGGUCCCCUCGGGGAGUGAUGAUGCCAAAGUCCAUCAGAACAGUCACCACCCAGCAGACGGCGUGGACGCCAACCAGUAUUUCCGUGCAAUAUACCCUCUCUGUGAUAGAUCUAACUUUAGUACUCCUCCUGUAAAUGCAUUGAAGGAAAUCUUGUUCAAUGUUCCACGAGUGUCUUUCUAUGGCUUUCUGAUGUCCAUAGCGAAAAGUGAAACAAUUAAUGAAUACAUUGGUCGACUACCUUCGAAGGCGGAGCUACUGGAGGGGGCGGAUGCUGACUUGACUGUACAAGAGGCGGCCAUUCAAAAUCAUGCCAGCCCAACAGUAAGAUUAAGCAACAACAGCACUGCUGCCACAUCCAAGUCUAAAGGUCGCCCCAUUUCUGCCACCACUCCGACAGAUGCCACUCAAAAUGUUUACUCCACCCAGAGGCCUCCAUCAGCCAGUCAAAGAAAAACUCCACCCACUCGAGCAGGGGCUGUCAACAACAGCAUGAAAGUCAAACGGGGCACCGUUAAAAAAGACAGCACAGAUGAAAGUAGUUCUGAUGAUACUGAUGACACAACAGACACAAACUGAUGAAACAAUACAAAUAACCUAAUGACACAACACACAAAACAUUAUGACACAAUAGAUACAAUCUUAUAAAACCAACUGGAGUCUCAUAAAACCAUGACAUCUAAUUUUGUUUUGUUGUGGUAAUUUAAUUUGAAAUAUUUACAUUUCUGUGCUAAUAUUGAUGUAUUUAUUUGUUGCUAAUUAUGCAAUAUUCUUGGCAUUUUCAAAUGCUCAUACAUUUGUUGAUGUUUAAAAAUAAACCCUUGCAUUGUUCCAUACAUGCACAGCUGCAAUUUUGAUUUUGUAUGUAUAUAUACAUUGUAGGACAUUGAAAAAUUUUAUAUGCAGCUAUUAAUCAUUUUUGUAUAUUUCAUUUUGAGUAAUCCUCAUACAUUUCUUGACUAGUUCAUAGUACAUUGAAUAUACAUGUAUGUUAAACUUACAUGUAUCAAUGAUUUUAUGAAGAUGUGUGUGCUUAAGAAAGCAAUAAAGAAUAGUAAAAGGCCA